AUGGCGACAGCGCUUGAUCAACCCCUUUUCGAAUCUGUCGCGGGUCCUGCGACGGCCGCCGCCUCGAUCACUCCCCCCCAUAGCGCCAACGGCAAGAAAGAAGUUCCGGAUGGUGUUCCUUCUGAAUUAUCGGAUCUGGAGCUCGAUCCUAAUGCUGUGGGUGUGCCAGAGGCCGCAUCGGUAGAGGAGGAAGAGGAGGACAUCGAACCAGACCACUAUUACGGCGGCGGCAAGAUCCCUGUGUUCAAGCCGACGAUGGACCAAUUCAGGGACUUCCAAUCAUUCAUUAAUAAAGUUGAGAAAUAUGGCAUGCGGUCUGGAAUUCUCAAGGUUAUUCCUCCCAAGGAAUGGACCGACUCCCUGCCAGCCCUCGACGAAGCCGUCAAGAAAAUCCGUGUGAAGAACCCGAUUAUGCAGGAAUUCCACGGAUCACAUGGAACCUAUACCCAGGCGAACAUCGAGCGACAAAGAUCAUACAACCUCCCUCAGUGGAAAGGAUUGUGCGAAGAAAGUAGCCAUCAGCCUCCUGCCCGCAGAGAUACUAUUGAUAAAAUCAAGCCUGAAGGCCCUCCCACACCCGUGUCUCCUGAAUCCAACCCUGUCGAGGCUAAGACGGAAGAGUUGAGCGACGGCGAGUCUCUCCCCGCUCCAAAGCCGAAAGGGCGACAACCUAAAUCGGUCACCUCCCGAAGAAAACACAACAAAGGCGAUGCGAUUGACUACGUGGAUGAGGAGGCUUUCAAAGACUUUGAUUAUCGCAUCCAUGACAACGAGGAAUAUACGCAGGAACGGUGUGAGGAGUUAGAAACCGCCUACUGGAAGUCCUUGAUGUUUAACAAUCCGCUGUAUGGCGCGGAUAUGCCUGGCUCUCUUUUCGACGAGAACAUCACAACCUCUUGGAACGUCGCCAGGUUGCCCAAUCUGUUGGAUGUCUUGGGCCAGAAAGUACCUGGUGUUAACACCGCAUACCUCUACCUGGGCAUGUGGAAAGCUACUUUUGCCUGGCAUUUGGAAGAUGUUGAUCUGUACAGUAUCAACUAUAUCCAUUUCGGUGCACCCAAACAGUGGUAUAGCAUUUCACAAGAAGAUGCUCCUAAGUUUGAACAGGCUAUGAAGAGUAUCUGGCCCAGCGACGCCAAAAACUGUGAUCAGUUCCUCCGCCAUAAGACUUACCUUGUUUCUCCUAGUCUCCUCAAGUCGCAGUACGGUAUCACCGUUAACAGGCUUGUUCACUACGAGGGCGAGUUCGUGAUCACAUAUCCAUACGGAUAUCACUCGGGAUACAAUCUUGGUUACAACUGUGCCGAGUCGGUCAAUUUUGCGACCGAGAAGUGGUUGGAUUACGGCCGUGUCGCCAAGAAGUGCCACUGCGAAUCUGAUAGCGUCUGGAUCGAUGUCGAUGAGAUUGAGCGUAAGCUGCGCGGCGAGGCGACACCAGAAUACUACCCUGAAUUCGAAAGUGACCUAGAUGAAUUCGAGGGUGCUUCCGACCUCCUUACCCCACCACGGAGCGUCCCAGAAAAGAGUAACCGUGGCCGGAAACGAAAGCAUGACGGUGAUACAACCAAGGCGAAACGCAUGCGGGUCAAUGUCCACGUCCCACGGAAGAUUCCUUGCGUCCUGUGUCCCAACGACCUGGAUUAUGAGGACCUAUUGCCCACCGAAGAUGGGAAAAAUCACGCCCAUCGGCGUUGUGCCCUCUACACCGAAGAGACUAGUAUCCUCCGUGACGAGACUGGCAAGGAAGUGGUGUGUGACAUUGACAAAAUCCCGAAGGCUCGCAUGGGACUCAAGUGCCUCUUUUGCCGUGAGGUGCGAGGGGCUUGUUUCCAAUGUAAUUUCGGUAAAUGCACGCGAUCAUACCAUGCCACCUGUGCGCUUUUAGCCGGAGUGCAGGUGGAGCAGGGUGAGAUUGCUGUGAUCGCGGAUGACGGCAUUCAUUACUCAAUCCCCAGUGUGGACCUCAAAUGCAAAUAUCACCGUCAGAAGAAGCCAAGCUGGAUGACGGGCGGCGAUUCUCCCGAUUUUGACCGCAAGCUCAUCGAAUCGGCUCAACGGAUGGUGGCAGGGGAUUUGGUGCAAUUCCAGGCCGACAAGGAGAUCAAUGGGGCUGUGGUGCUGGAGAACCGACCAGCGGAACGGACGUUGCUGGUCAAAGUGCUGCCACGAGGGUAA